AUGUUCGCCACCUCACGACCCAUGCUGCAGCAGCGUCUGGCCGUCAGUACUCCAUCCCGAAACAUGCAUCAGCGUGCCAUCUCCUUCGCCACCAUACCAAGGAUGAUGGCUAGAGCCUUCAAGCUGCCGAUGUACGGUGCAGCUAUAGGAGCUGGAGGCGCCGGUUACGCGCAUUACAAGCUGGAAGGUGUAAGAACCGCAACUGGAGAAAUGAUAGACGGAGUGACCGAUACUCUAUCAUCAGCUUACAACACAACAUCCCAAACACUAGCUUCCACCUUGGCAACGGCGACCCAGCUCUCGAACGCCCUUGGACAGCGGGUCUCGGAUGGAAUCAGCGGUACCGCGGCGGAUGUCAAGGACGGAGUCGAUGCCUUCGGAUCCGGGGCGAAGCAGUGGUGGACACUGGUAAAACAGCAACUGCCGGAAUGGUCUGCUAAGGCCGAGGAGCCGACCGCCAGCAAUAAUGGAGGAGGUGGAAGCAGGGAUGAGAAGUGGCGGCCAGGAGAGGGACCAGGAGAGCCCACGCCACCGCCACCUGGAGGUGAGGUGCUCGUUGGGCUCGUGGGCGCGGGCGCUAUGAUGGAGAAGGAUGACAGGGGAGAGCUCCCGAAGGAGGAGCACCAGCUGCUCCAAUUGACUCGGAAGCUGAUCGAGAUCCGCUCGGUCCUGCUCAGCGUGGACCAGAGCGAUGCGCUCAAGCUGCCAAGUAUCGUUGUCAUUGGGAGUCAGAGUUCGGGAAAGAGUUCGGUGUUAGAGGCGAUCGUGGGACAUGAGUUCUUGCCAAAGGGAGACAACAUGGUCACACGCCGACCUAUCGAACUCACCCUAAUCCACACUCCCUCAAAUGCUGCUUCCUCUUCGACAACGCCGGCGGAGUAUGGCGUGUUCCCGAACCUUCCCGGAUUAGGCAAAAUCUCAUCCUUCUCCACCAUUCAGAAAACCCUUACCGACCUCAACCUCGCUGUCCCUCCCGAGAUGGCCGUAUCCGACGACCCCAUCCACCUUCAGAUCCACUCCCCUCACGUUCCCGACCUCACCCUCAUCGACCUCCCCGGAUACAUCCAAAUAUCCAGUAUGGACCAACCCGAGCAGCUCAAAGACAAGAUCAACAGCUUGUGCGACAAGUAUAUCCGGGAGCCUAACAUCAUCCUCGCUGUCUGCGCGGCGGACGUCGAUCUCGCCAACUCCCCCGCUUUGCGCGCGAGCAGACGCGUGGAUCCGCUAGGCACGAGGACGAUCGGAGUGAUCACGAAGAUGGACCUGGUCAAGCCGGAGAAUGGGGUACAGAUCCUGCGGGGCGAGCGGUAUCCGCUCCAUCUGGGAUACGUCGGGGUCGUGUGCAAGGCACCAGCAGCGGGAGUGAGUGGGCUUCUGCGGAACAUACGGGGAGGAGAGGCAAAUAAUGUCACCAACGCGGUGAUCAGGCGGGAGGAGGAGUUCUUUGGUGGGGAAAACGCUAGGCUGUUCUCGAACAAGGGCAGGGCUGUGGGUGAGAAGAGGCUGUUGGUCGGGACAGACACUCUGCGGCGAAGGUUGAUGGAUGUUUUGGAGACGAGCAUGUCGGGGAGUCUGAACGGGAUCACCAAUGCGGUGCAGCUGGAGCUGGAAGAAGCGAGCUAUCAAUUCAAGGUACAAUACAAUGACCGCCGGAUCACCGCCGAGUCGUACGUUGCCGAAGCGGUCGAUGCUUUGAAGUCCAAAUUCAAAGAGUACACAACCCACUUCUCGAAACCCGCCGUCCGGUCCAAGCUCAAGGACAUGCUCGACAACCGCCUCAUGGACAUCCUCGAGCAGCUAUACUGGAACGACCCGCGCACCGCGGAACUCAGCAAGCUCGCCGAGGACCGGAAGCUGGCACCGGAAGAGCUUGACUCGUACUGGAAGUACAAGCUUGAGACUGCUUCGUCAAUGUUGACAAAGAGCGGUGUCGGGCGGGACAGCACCAACCUCGUCGCGGACGGUCUUCGGGGUCUUAUCGACAAUAUCGCUCAGGCCGAGCCGUUCACAUUCCACCCGGACGCAACGACCCGGAUCGUUGACUUUUCGCAUGCUAUCCUUCGGGAACGGAUGGGCAUGACGGCCGACCAGGUGGAGAACUGUAUCAAGCCGUACAAGUACGAAGUGGAGGUGGAUGACCGAGAAUGGGCGCUAGGGCGGGAACGGGCAGAAGAGAAGUUUGGCGAGGAGAUGGGCAGAGCAGAGUUGAAGUUGGGCGAGAUCCGGAAGCGGGUCGGAGGAGGACGGAAACUGGGGUCGUUGAUACGGCAUGUGGAGGAGCUGGAGAGGUGGGAGGAUGAGACGAGGCGGAGAAGAGUGUCGAAUCUGGGCAGGGUCGUACCGGAGGGAGACGAGGCGGAUGAGACGCAUGUGGAUACACCGCUGGAUGCGUACAAGUAUAGUCCGGCUCAGGUCAUUGAUGGUCGACACGCCCUUCUCCUCUCAAAUCGCCUCACCCUCCUCCGUCUCCGUCAGAACGCUCUCAAAUCUAAGCGGUGUCGGAUGGGUCCGGACCAGUCUGCUUUCUGCCCCGAGGCAUUCUUGGCGGUCGUAGCGGACAAGCUCGCAUAUACGUCGACGAUGUUUAUCAAUAUCGAGCUGCUCGAGCAGUUCUUCUAUCAGUUCCCUCGCGAGAUUGAUUCGAGAAUACUGUACGAUCUAGACCGGUCUGAGAUUGCCAAAUUCGCCCGUGAGAACCCAAAAAUUAGAAAACACCUCGAUUUGCAGGACCGGAAGGACAAGCUGGAGCAGGUGAUGCGGUCGCUCCAGGGCCUGGUCAACUUGCAGAAAGAAGCUCAACCUGCACAGUCGAGACGAGAAGCUGGGCUCUUCACAAAAUUCUUCUAG